GAUCCCCGGUCUUUCGUGAUCCUCAGAAUGAAACUGCCCUCUUCUUUCAGCCGCAGCCGGUGUACUGUGCAGUGUGCACUGCCAUGCUCUUAGGAAUAGUGGUUCCGAUAAGCCAGUCAGCUCAUAGCCGCGGACAAGUCCGCAUCAGGCCAGCAAUAUUCGCGAUAUUAAUCUAUCGUGCAGCCCAGUCGACGUGGCGAAACCGAAACCCCGGCUGGGCCCUCGGUCGAAGAAGCCCCUCCAAUCCCUAUCCUUGCUUUGGCGGCCAAGCAGCUCGGUCACGAAUGUGAUGGCCCAGCCGUGGCUUGCAUCGUUCAUCGGAGAAACUGGGUGGUCAAUAUAAGGACGAGUAGUUUUGGGGCGGUUACCUCUCGACCUCACCCUCCUUCCGUUCCACUGUCUUUCUGCUGCAGUGUCUGGUGCAUCAUGUACGCUCUUCCUGCCACCGACUUUGGGUUCAUCCAGGAUCGAUUGAGCCUGCUGGACACCAUCCUCUAUGGCGUCGUAGCUCUCGGGUUCUGGCGUCUGUGGCGCUUCACCGUCCGUCCGCUGCUCAGCCCCAACUCGCCGCGUGAGAUUCCUUACUGGUUUCCCUUCGUUGGCCAUGCCAUCCCGAUGCUAAGGAAUCCCCAUGCUCUGCUAUCGUCUGCCGUCACGUACUGCCAAGGCAGCGGCGAGCCGGUCGCCAUCAACGUCUUCGGGCAGAAGAUCUACUACAUCCUCUCGGAGCAGGAUGCGACUGCGGUGCUCAGGGAGCCCCCGCAGCUCACGCACGUGGAGCACCUGAAGAACCUCCUCCGGGGGCUGGGCUGCUCUGAACGGGGCAUCUCGGAGAUGGACCACGAGUCGGAAGCCAAAGCCCAGGCCCCGCCAUUAGUCCUGGUCGCAGAGGAGCUCAUGCGCAAGCAGCUCCUCGAGAAGUCCUUAAGCCCGGCCAUUCUCUCGCGCUCGCUGGAAGUGCUCGAGUCGCACAUCCGAUGGGAGGCCCUGGAGGCGCCGACCCUGCUCCACCCCGCGGAGGAUGGCCAGCGCCGCACCGUCUCGCUUUACAAGUGGGCGCAGACGGCGAUCAUCCACGCGGUCACGACCGCCUACUUUGGCGCCGCCAUCUGGGACCUCUCCCCGUCCCUGGUCGAGGAUCUGGUGUGUCUGGAGAACGAGCUGUGGAAGCUGCUGUUCAACCUCCCCCGGCCGUGCGGGAGGGCGGUGCGUCUCGCGCGAACCCGCGUGCUGCGCUGUCUGGUCGACUACAUGCGGCUGCCCGCCGCGAGCCAGGAGGACCAAUCCUGGGCAGUGCGUCAGUCCCUCACGGAGAUGCGGCGGCGCGGGCUGAGCGAGGCCGAUAUGGCCGCGUAUUUGUUGAUGGUGCUUUGGGGAGCCAACGCCAACGUCUUCAAACUCCCCUUCUGGAUCCUCGCGCACAUCAGCACCCACCCACCCACCCUGCACGCCGUCACCGCCGCAGUCGACACCCUCAUCUCCCAGAGCACGGCGGCCGGCGAACCCCUCUCCGCCCUCGCAGUACGCCUCGAGCAGAACCCCCUCCUCUCCGCCCUGUACAAUGAAGCUCAGCGCCUCACGAUGAACUCCAGCUCGGCGCGCAGCGUCGCGCAGGCGGUGACCAUCAACGACCGGGUCUAUGCCGCGGGGGCGCACCUGCUCGUGCCCUACCGCCAGCUGGCCAUGGGACACCCGAUUCUGGGCCGCGAGUGGGACCGCUUCGACCCGGACCGGUUCCUCGCCCACCCGGCCCUGGCGCAGAGCAAGAGUUUCAUCCCGUUUGGCGCGGGCAAGCAUAAAUGCGUCGGCCGGUAUCUGAGCAAGCGCUUGUCGCUGACGUUUGCGGCGCUGGUGGUGCGGCGGUUCCGCGUGGAGGCGGUGCUGGAUGGGGUUCCGCAGGUAGGGUUUACUCCCGUCUCCUCGGGGCCGGGGGGGCCGGUUCGGGGUGGAGAUGUACGGUUGGUGGUGGGAAAACGCGAUGACGUUGGGCUGUAGGACUAUCUAUCGCUGUGGUGUUGUGGUGACUGUGGUGUGUGUGGUCGAUAUUUGCAUGGCACUAUACUGUAACUACUAAGAAGUAUUCCGUAUAGACUGGACAUACUUCCGGUGGCACCGUCGAAUCACCAGCGGAUUUCGCCUGGAGAUGG